AUGGCGGAUGUCUCGAUUUGGGAUUUUGCGGGGCAAUAUGUAUUUUAUGCCACUCACCAGGUGUUCUUGUCAAGGAGAGCGGUGUAUUUGUUAGUCACGGACAUAUCUAAACACGUGGAAGACACAGUUAAAGAUGAUGACUGUUUCUUAGAUAGCAAAGGUGUUCAAACAUUGGAAAAUAUCAGAUGGAAUUUGCAGGUAAUUUACAAGGACAGGCUACAUGAUCUUAAUAGCACGUUACCUGUACCAAUAGAGAGGGAAGAAGAACUGGAAUUGUUCUUGAGAUUCCACCACGAAUCCGGAAAUAUUCUUUAUUACAGUGAUGAUAAGUUAAGCGACACAAUAGUCCUUGACCCUCAGUGGUUGAUAGAUGCCUUUAAGAGCCUUAUUACCGCCAAAAUGUUCUGCUGCAGAAAGCCGAAUAUAUUCAAGAAAUGGAUUCAGUUUGACCAGUCAGCAAUAUUGACCAGAGAGCUUGUUGAUGCAAUUUGGAAACAAGAUGAAAGUUCAACAUUUAAAGAAUACGACGAACUCUUACUAGAAUACCUUGAAAAGCUCGGUUUCAUUUCCAAACCUCGGCAACAAUCUGAUGAAAUCGGGGAGAUAAAUUACUAUUUCGCUCCAUGUGUUCUUAAGACUUCCCCUCCUGAAGAUCUCCUCGUGUGUUCAGACUGUAAAAACCGGCGGUCCACCAGUGUCCUUUGUUUCACUACCACAUCUGGAUUCCUGCCCACAGCCGUGUUCAACAAACUCCUUGCAGCAUGCAUUGAUAAAUGGCCGAUCUCGAAGUUAAACAAAAAGAACUUAGUGUUCUGCGGAUGUGGAGUGUUUGAUCUCGAAGAUAAUCAUAAACUUUACGUGUAUUUCUUUGACCAUAUCAUUAACAUUUGGAUCACUAAAUACAGCACUACGGACGAAGAGCCGAGCACGUGUUUAUGUCAACACGUGCAUGAAUUUGUCUCAGAAUUUCUGAAAAAUAGAAUGCGUAUAACUAGUGGUAUUGAAGUAUUUUUAAGAUGCAAUCAAUCAAAUAUCCACAACAACGACAACCUUUUUGAAUUAGAAAACAUGUCUGGAAAACAAGAAGUCGUUUGCAAUACUGAACCUGUGCAUCAUGUGCAUAGAACCAAUGAGCUCAUAAAGUAUUGGCUAUAUUCCGAUUCAGAUCAUCAACUGGAUGAACUUACAGAAAAGGAGUUAAAUCGUAUGGCACUACAUAUCGGAAAAGAAUAUCAGUCUUUAGGUAUAGAACUAGGUCUAUCCAACGCUGAGAUUGAACAUAUCUGUCUGGAUUAUAAAGCCACGGUUGAUAGAAUUAGAGGAAUCUUACUAAAAUGGAAGGAUCAGAAUGUAGGCAACGCUACUCUAGAAGUGUUGGUGAAUGCAAUGAACGUUGUUGGCAUAGAUGCAGUGACUGUUAUAGAGACAGCAAAAGAAAAGUAGUUACAAACAUUACAAACUUGAAAAGUUAUGGAGCAAGAGCAAUUAGAAUUUAGUAAUUACCGGACCAUGUUAUGGAUUACAAUAUUUGUUGACCCUCGAAGUUUUGGCAUUCAGCAUUUGAUAAUUCUAGGCUUGGUGGGUUACCGGCUGAAUUUCCCAGUCCUUACAUGGGCGGCAAUCCACAUAUGUGCUAGUUUUACAGAGCCGGAUCUAAGAUCUGUUUCAAAAAAAAAAACAUUUUUAUAAAUAACGGGCAUUUUGAUAAUGAACAUUUACAGUUUAAACUUUUUUGUAUUAUAUUCAAACUAAACAAAUCUCAAUAAACGGGCUUAAUCCCUAAAAUGUUGACAAUUAUUAUAUUAAAAAUACUGUACGUCUUUCAUAUUGAAAGCAAAUUGAAUUUAUUAUUGAGCAUUUUAAUCUAAAUCCAUCAUGAAACUUGUGUCAUGAUAUACAUAAAUGAAAAGCAAGUCUGAUGUGCUCGAAUUUCGUAAAAUACUUAUGAGUCUGUCAUAUGAUAAAGCUUACUAGAUAUGUCGUGGAAGAUCUUAGAUUGUACUCGGGUACCUAUUACAUAUCGCACGAGUGUCACCUGAGGUGCAUCUUUAUCAUUAAAUCUGGAGGGCCCGCUUUAUGGCCAUAACAUUGUCGGUGCAAGUUUUAUCGUUACAUGUAUAUUGACCACAUGUUCGUCAUAAAGAUAUGCCCGAUAUUGCAAUUUUGUUGCUAUUUGAUUUCUGUAUGUUUCCAGUUUUUGACAAUUUAGAACACUGUUUCUAGAAAGUACAAGUACAUGUACACGUAUGUCUUUCAUUCAAGGUAAGACACCUCUUUUCACAUUAUUUGACACAAAUAUCAUUUGCAUGACACUGCUGUAUUCCAUCAUGAUUGUCGAUUUUUUUUAUUCAAAAUGGUUUGUAAAAAUAAAAGUCCAAAUAAUAUUA